UAUUCUCUGAUAUUGCGCCUCAGUGGUUAAUGACCAUGUUAAAAUCUUUAAAAGAAGAUGACCGGUGCUACUAUGUGGCCACUACGCUUGUAUCAUUAGGAGUAGUAUAUUUCGUGAAAAAGGUAUUUUCUUUUAAUAAAUCAAAAAGAGUAAAGACAACAGACUUAAACAUUGAAGAAACUGCUGAUGAAAUAACGAGUAAUUUCAAAGAAGUGUCUAACAUAAGAACGAAAUAUGAAUCUGAUUACAUAAAGCAAUCUUCAACGACUGACUCAAAUGAUUGUAGGAUACCAAAUUCACUAAUUGCUUCAUCAGAGCAAGAGACAAUGUUAUUGAACAUAUCGACAUCAGUGUACCAGAAUCUGUCUCCUAGAACUACCGUCUCAGAAAACGAGAUCUUAUCUUUGACAAAUCCUACAUCUGAUUCAUCUUUAGAGACUCCUACAUCUGUACACAAGAUUUUACCCUCAGAUUCUGAUAUUUCUGAGCAACAAAUUUUAUCAACAAGUUCUCUCGAGCUUGAGCUCAAAAAUUUACCUUUAGAAUCUUCCAUACCUGAUAUUGAGAUCUUGUCUUCAAUGUCUUUUGUACCUGAACUCGAAAGCGUUACUUCGGAGGCUUCCCAUCUUGAAAUCGAAGUCUUACCUUCAAUGGUUCCUGUGCCUGAGCACGAAAUAUUACUGUCAGAAGAUGCCAUGCAUUCAGAAACUCUUAAGUCAGGAAAAAAAGAGGAACUUUCAAGUGACAAAGUUCUCGUAGAGCAGCAACAUGAAUUCACAUUACAGAUCCCUAUAAUUCAGUCACAAUCGAAUGAAAUGCUGACUUCAAAAUUAUCAUUAUCCGAUGCUUCAUCAAGUACUCUAUCAGCAAAAGCUAAGAAUGAGUCGGCAUCAAUAGUUACUGAUGCAGUGUUAGACACAUUCUCAGAAAUUUCUAAACAGGAAAUUAGCAUAAAGUCCUCGGUCGAGAAAGAAAAUACCUUUCUGGCAAAUGGACUUAUAGAUAAUGGUAAUAGUUUGACGAACUCAAAUAUUGAUGAAUUUUCUUUGGACACUAUUCCAUUGGAAAUGAUCUACAAAAUACUUCCAAUAAGUAUGCAAUAGUUUAUGGUUAGUGUUAUAUUUUACGUGAAAUCAAACUAUUUGUUGCAUUUUUAGAAAGCUUGUUGUAAUAAAUUAAUAUGUAAUUUUAAAAAAAAUUGUUCAUGAAAA